AUGGCUGGUGACGACCCUUUUGCCUUCUUGGCCAGUAAUACUACUACUACUACUACUACUACCCCCGAAAGCAAGCCUGCCGGAAAAAGGUCUCUUUGGAAAGAAAAAUUCUUCAACAGGGAUAAAGGGAACAGAUCCUCUACCGACCAACAAGUUGAGGCUUUCUUGGGCCCAAACCGCUCCGCAUCCCAAUCCCAAGGCUCGUCCGCAGCUGCGACUCCCCGUUCUGCCACAUCGAAAUGGCCCUCACCACAAGAAGUAAUCAAUGCCUCGGCAGCCGGCAACUCUGCCAAUUAUACGAUGAUGCCACCCAAGAAAAAGAAUCCUGCCCGCCAAGGUUUGAAGGUGUCAUUCACCACGGCAACGCCUGAAUUGAUUGGAGAGGGUGGUGAUGAAUCCGAUGUUCCCACCAUCGAAGUCUCAAUACAGCGCAAGCGUGCCCGGAGCCAAGGUCAGAGUCAGAGUGUGCACCAACCCGGCGAUGUCCCUGUUCCACCGGAACCGGUACCUCAUAGAGAGGGGACGCCCCAGUUGCGAGUCGAUACAUCAACCGUUGGAUCAAACCCGCCUGAUGUAACCAGAACCAUCCCAGACAGCAAACCUCCCCUCUUGCAGAACCCCCAAGAUGCAGAUUUCCUCAUGACGCUCAGUUUGGGCGAGCGCGGGUCUCGUCUGUCCUUCCGAGCGUCGCCAGACUCCAAUUCGUUUGCCCAGCGUGUCCGUCAAAAGAUGCAGUUAGAAGAAGGCCGUGCCUUGCAGACUCGCCUCCAAGACGACCCUCCUUUCCAAGACGAUCCUCCCUCCCCAGCCGAAGAGAACGUACCACCUGCAAGCGAGCAACGACCAGGCUCGCCCGCCAGCGUCGGUUCUCUCUACGAAACACCGCCCUUCUCCGCUAUAGACCCGACUCCACCAGCCAACGAUGCCCUUCCAGGACCUCCCAGCCAGGGAUCCGACAGCGUGCCUCCAGAGCCUCCGGUCCACAAGGAACCUACGCUCCCAUUUGGGAUCAAGCCCGCGAACGCUGGAAUCCUGCACCGCACACCGACAAAAGCCGUCAAGGCACAUCCCAAGCCGGACAGCGAUUCACACAGCGAAACCAGUAGUCGUCCCACCACCCGUGACACUCACGAAGGUCGCCCCACCACCCGAGACACUCACGAAAGCCGUCCCAUCACCCGAGAUAGUAAUGUAUCCCCGUACCAACCACAGGCGCCGCGCAUCUCGAUGCGAGCGAUUGCCAACCAGGCUGGUGAUGCUGCGUUUUUCGAGUUUCAACAAUAUGUGGCACGCUAUACCAGUUUGUUCAGAACGUCCGCAGAGAGUGUCAAGCCCCUCAUGGAGACCUCUUUGGCGGAAUGGAUGAGGGCCGCCGCAUGGUGGUUUUUACAGGGGCGGAAGGCACUCGAAGCCUACGCACGCUCUCGCGGGCCCACUAGUCCAGGAGGCGGCUCGAUGAUCGACGCGCGACAAGCAGUUCUGGACCUGGGCAAAUCUUUGUGGAUCAACGAGGCCAUCUUCACCCAACACGAGGAACUCACUCGGUAUGGCGCAUCGAGCGUCGAUGCGUUACAAGAAGUCGUCGUGAGCACGGGCGACAAGCAGAUGGCCGACGUUCUCGGAUUGCACCAGGGAAUUCUCAAUCACCUGCGCUCGCUGGCUAUGUCGAUCAAGAAAAAUAACAUUCUCGCCAAAAUCGUCGCAUCUGAAGCUCUCGAGCCAGCUGAUAAUUUCGAGAGCAGUGUCUGGCUACGAUACCCAUUCUUUGCCCCCGACGUGUCUGCUGUUCUUUCGGGAGCGGCUUCUCGGUCCAUGUUAGUGGAUCGUUCGGGAGAUAGCCCUAGUAUGUUUACUAUGAUGCCUCUUAGCGAUACCCCUCGUCAUUUCAGUUACGGGACGAUGUUUGUCGACGUAUACGUGAGCUCCGCGGAAGAUGACACUCAGCAAUAUGCGAUUCCCUGCGCGUUAUCCAUUCUCCGCGAGCGCAGCGACUGGUACGUUUUUGCUGCCAUCAACAGUCAGAGUGAAUUGGUCAACGUGAUGAUCCAGUCGGAUCGGAAGAAAGGUCCCACGUGGGACGAUGUGGAAUGGCAAGUUCGCACGAACUCCAUGCGGGUCCGAUUACCCCGUGGUUUCGAAUUGGAUGUCAUGUUCCAGGAGGCUGAUUUCAAGAUGAUCUGGAAUAUCGUCAAGUACACCACGAAGACGGAGGAGAGUCUGAAGCCCGAGGCGGGUGAAAGGGUGAUUUUCGAAAGUACUCUCAAGGUUUUCCAGUACAUGGAUCCCGGCAUGCCCAAGGCAUUCCCCGCGGAGCCGAUCGAACGAUGCCGGAUGCGGCUGUUUGAGCGAACCGCUACUGUUACCGAAGGCACCGGCACGCGGAGUGUCCACCAAGGAUUUCGGGUUACUGUGCUUACCAGUCCCAAAGUGAAGGUCCUCAGCAACGCUCGCCAUAUCCUAGGAUACGGAAGUCCCGUGGUAUUUGGUCUGUUGCGCGGUGAAGAUGGCGCACCUGCUUUCGUGCUCAAGGUUACAGAGGAUGGCAGAACCCGGUCGAUGUUGAUGACAUUCCACGACGUUCAAGAGCGUACAAUGAUGCAUUCGUUGCUCCUGGGUGUGCUCGCUAAGCAGAAUGAACUCAAGACAUCUGAUGUGCCCAUUCGCGCGUUUUCUAUUGAACAACCAUAUGACAGAGUUAGUGGUCGAGCGGCAAUUAUCCAUCUUCAAUUCUCGGCCGGGACUGUUAUCGUGAUUGACCAACAGCCUGGUAUGGUGGAGCACCAGUAUGGCCCGACUAUCCUCUCUGAGCACCUGCGGGCUCUCAUUACUAGCGAAUGGGGGUCUGUUACGGAUCGAAUCAACUUGGGUCCUGGCGAGCUGAAGCUGGGUCUGGAUGUGAACAACAGAACGGGGUUGAGCCUGUACCGCCCUGCACAACAAGAUUUGACUCUUUCGGUGGCCGAAAACCUCGUCCGUCCUGAAAUGCCUAGUAGCCUGAGCGAUUUUCUGCAGGCGGCAAUGGUCAAGCCGAUGAUUCGACGGUUUGAUUUUGCGUCGUUGGCUGCUCUCCAUGAUUUCGAAGCUGCCGUGACUGGGUUCAAAGUACUAUACGACAGCAUCGCUACAUCUUUUAUGAUCUCUCGCCGUCGAAUGGUGGUACCGAUUCACAAAAAGUGGGAAGCAGGUCUUACCCGAGUUCAGAUUGUCCGGCAAGAAAAGGUCUUCCAGCUGUUGGCAUUCUUCAAUGACUUCCCGCACGGCAAAUGCAUGAACUGGGUCCUCAAGGGUACGGACAACAUGGAAAGCUUUAUGCGUUCUGGUAAGUUCUGGAUCCGCUUUGUCGAUGCCAAAUUCGCCUUGCCUAGGAAAGAUGAUGAUGCGUCUGCGGAUUUUGUUUGCUUGGAUAUGCCGGAAUACCCCAUUGAGCAUGAUGAUAUCUCGAUUGCCUUUGAUUCUGAGAUUGUCCCCACGCGUGACGUGUCAAAAUCGCCCACCUUCCUCAAUUGCAUGUCUCAUCUGUUAUCCAUUAACGCCGCAAUGCAUUCCUCACUCGAGUACGCCGGUCCAUCUACGCUCUCGCUGCAUGCCGAUGACCCGGUGAAUGUGGUCACUGAUGUGGCCCCUCCGUUGCACGUUGCUACCACGUUCCGGUACCCCGACAAUCCCGAGGAUCUUGUGCCUGUCGCGGACGCGGAAAACUAUAACGAAGAUCCUCACACUCAUAUUUACUCCCGCCUUUCCGCUCCCAACUACACCCGUUUCGAGUUCAUCCUCUCAUCGCUUCUCCACGGUCAUGCCGUCAGUUACUCGUCCGGAUUGUCCGCUCUGCACGCCGUACUAGUGUUGUUGAACCCCAAACGGGUCUCCAUUGGCGCUGGAUACCAUGGCUGUCACGGUGUGGUCGAGAUGUUUAGCCGGUUGACGGGGCUGAAGGAAUUGAGUCUCGACUGCUCAGCGGAGGAAUUGCAAUCCGGUGACCUGAUUCUUCUCGAAACCCCGGUGAAUCCCCACGGCACAGCAUUCGAUAUCGAAGCAUAUGCGAAGAAGGCGCAUUCUCGUGGAGCAUAUUUGAUGGUGGACAGUACCUUUGCGCCGCCCAACCUGCAGGAUCCGUUUAUAUGGGGCACGGAUCUGGUGAUGCACUCCGGUACCAAAUACUUUGGUGGACACAGCGACAUGCUCUGCGGAGUGAUUGCCACAAAAAAUGAAGACUGGGCCCUCCAACUGCGCAAGGACCGCUUAUACCUAGGCAGUGUAAUGGGUAACAUGGAAGGCUGGCUUGGCGUCCGUAGUCUCCGAACCCUAGAAGUCCGCGUCCAACGCCAGAGCCAAAAUGCAACCAAACUAGUCACCUGGCUCCACAACUCCCUAAACACACCAAGCCCCGCCCCAGACAGCGACGAAGCCGCCAUCCAAGCGAACCUCGAAUCUGUCUACCACGCCAGUCUCCAGUCGGAGCCAUUCGUCCGCAAACAAAUGCCCAACGGCUUCGGGCCUGUGUUCUCCAUCGUCAUGAAGAAAGAAGACCAGGCAAGACGACUGCCUAGCAAACUUUCGUUCUUGCAGCACGCGACAAGUCUGGGCGGCGUGGAGACAUUGAUUGAGUGGCGGGCUAUGUCUGAUCCCACGGUUGAUAGGAGGUUGUUGAGGAUCAGCGUUGGUUUGGAGAAUUGGGAGGAUUUGAGAGGGGAUUUGGUGGGGGCAUUUAAGGAGAUGGCCUAG